AAACUACGCAGUAACGUUAUAUGAGAAUUACUUGAUGUGAAAAACACGAACUGUGGGUUCGCCAACAUUGAGCAUCUUACUAAGGUCGUACAAUUUUAUGAUCCUUUUAGUUAAGAUCACAUGUGUGAAACCAUGCUGUUGUUGCUAAUUGCUAGCCUCGCCAGUUCGUGUUUGCUGGCGGACGGGGCGGUGUAUGACUGGACGUACAAGAAGCCGGGCCCCGAGGCCACAGACGCCCGUCUGGACGGACACGUCGUGCGGCGGUUCGACUACGCACACAGCGUCCUGGCUUGCGCACGGGCCUGUCUACAGCUACAGACUUGCAGUUCCUACAACUACAACAAGGCAGAGACCACGUGUGAGCUGAACGCCGAAGUCACCAACAGUUCCCUCCUGCUGGUUAACGCCCCCGGGUAUCAGUACUUCGGUCGGACAGAUAUCGUUCCGCCAGAGGAGGGGUUGCCGGCCUGCGCCAGUCGUCCGUGUCUCCAUGGCGGCAUGUGUCAGGAGCGCCCCGGGUCGAACCCGCCUUACUACUGCUUCUGUGCUGCUACUGAAUACCACGGGCAGCAGUGUCAUGAGGAAGUCCUUGACGGUGGUUGGGGUUCGUGGGGUCCGUGGGGCGCCUGCUCGGAGUCGUGUGGGGUGGGGUUACGGGUGAGGCAGCGGAGCUGUGACAGCCCCACCCCCACCCCCGGGCGUGGAGCCGGCUGUGUGGGUCCGGUGGAGCAGAGGGGCCAGUGCAACAAGCAACGCUGUCCAUCCUGGUCUGAGUGGAGUCCUGUAGGAAACUGCUCCAGUCACAAGGUCUGCGGACCGGGACGUCAGGACUACAUCCGGGACUGUGAGCGCGGAGGCACGGUGGAUGUAGACCCCGGAUGUACAGGUCCCACCAACACAACCUUCCCCUGUCAGUCACGGCCAUGUCGAAGUCCAGUCCGACUCCGUGCAGGCCCGAGUGUAGGGGAAGGGAGACUGGAGGUGUAUGACGCCCAGGAGCGGGAGUGGGGGACCGUGUGUGACCUAGGCUGGAGUGCCGUCAACAGCGACGUGGUGUGCCGCCAGAUGGGGUUCAUGGGGACGGCGGUGGACAGGGACGGAACUCUCCGCCCGCCCAUCGCCUGCUCCACUUCCGCUGUAGACUUCACAGAGAUCGAGUUCACCGUCCGCUGCCCGGUAGGAUGUGGUGAUGACUCCUCCACAGUCUGGGGUACUGCGAUCUACACCACUGACUCCAGCAUCUGCCGUGCCGCUAUCCAUGACCAGAGGAUUUCGAACAAGGUUGGCGGUGACGUCACCGUUCACAUUCUUGCAGACAGGACCGAGUUCACCGGUUCCAACCGCUCAGGCGUCCUGUCUCUCCCAUACAACAACUUUUAUCGAGCUAUGUACUUGUCUGGUUACACCGCGAUGACGUUACCGGCAGAAGACGUUCCCAUCAUGCUCUCCGGUGUGACGUGUACCGGCGCGGAGACCUCCCUGGUCACGUGUCCGCACCAGGGGUGGCGGGAAACCGGCAACUGUGAUCACAGCAUGGACGUGGUCGUGCACUGUCAAGUUGAUGGUGCCUGGGGCGCGUGGGGCUCGUGGGGACCAUGUUCCACUGAGCCCUGCGGAGGAGCCGGGACCCGAGAGCGCCAGCGGGUCUGCAACCGCCCGCCACCGGCCAACCGCGGGCUGCCGUGCGGAGGCGACGCCGUGCAGUCCCGGCGGUGCUACAGGGACCCAUGCUGAUUGGAUAAUAGAGGUGUUGACGUGCUACAGGGACCCAUGCUGAUUGGAUAAUGGUGUUGACGUGUUACAGGGACCCUUGCUGAUUGGAUAAUAGAGGUGUUGACGUGCUAUAGGGACCCAUGAUGAUUAGGUCAUAGAUCGAGGUGUUGACAAAUGUAAUGUCACAAAGUAGCAUAGAAAUACGCAAUCUGAUCAAUGUAAUAGGUCCCUUUAUUACCUACCAUAGAUCCACUCGAUAUGGUCGACUAAUAUCGUGGUACUAGUAACUGAAAUCAUUGUAAUGUAAUGUAUAUUUGUAGUAUUAGACUAUAACUUUUGUUAUCUAUACAUUGUCAUGCGUAUACAUUGUCACCGAACGCAAUUGUUGCACAAUAAACCAUUAUUGUCAUUGGUGUUGAUGUGCUAUAGGGUCCCUUCUUGAUUGGAUAAUAGAGGUGUUGUCGUGCUACAGGGACCCUUGCUGAUUGGAUAAUAGAGGUGACGUUCUACUGGGACCCAUGCUGAUUGGAUAAUUGCCAUUAUUGUACAUUUAUGCUCUAUCGGGAUAAGUACAUGCAUACAGAUACAAAGGUCGUAAUAAGGUAUACAUGGUGACAUUGGGAUGACUCCUAACACUAAUCUAAAACAUGGACUCAAAACUACUCUAUUGCAUUUGUUCUGCUUCUUCUCGAUUUUUAGUGAUGUUGAAAAUGUAGUUUCAGAUAAAUCAAACCUCGUAAGAAAAAUGAAUUGUUCAACGCUGGACAAAGAAAGAGGUGUAGACAGUGGAAAGCGCGACUACCAUAGGCAUGUCAUGUAGUGUAAUGUUGCACUGUAAUAGGUUACCUCCUUGCAAUGUCUUUAAACCUAGCACAAACGCGGAAGGUGUUUAAGUAUAUGUAUAUGUGGCUGAGGUAUCAAAGAUCUGUGAUAUUCAUGUAAAGACGCAUAGGAUUUUGGUCGAUCUGAAGAAAAAAAGAUAGAUAAAGCUAAGCACCGGUACCAAAGAAUUGCAUUGUUGUGGCCUGAACCAGUUUUCAGUACUAAUAAGCAAGUGGAUGGAGAGAGUUGGCACUGUAACGUCUGCAGUCACUAGAUAACCAUAUCAUGGAGACUCGGUACUGUUUACAUUCUUUAAUUUAUGGUUGGUUUGAAAUAAAUUGAAAGUUAACAUA